GCUCUAACUCUGAACCUGAACCUUCACUUCACUGCACUUGUUCCCUGUGGAGUGUAUGCCUCGGGUCUGCGGAUGGUUUAACCCCCCGUGAGAAAACAAACGUUUGGCUUAUCAUGUAGAUCAAGGUUUUUGAAAGGCAUGGCAUGACCAGGCAGAAAGCGUGUGGAUCGGUGGCACAGAAAUGCAUAGGGUGAUUUGGGCACCCUCUGCAGUCGACCUCUGACCUCGCGACACGCUGUGCCCUCUCCCAUGUGACCUCAAAUUUGUUAUUGAUUGGAUAAACCAGAACCGACAUCUUUCAGCAUCAGCCACAAAAUGGCCGCACUCAAGAGCAGCUACCAUUGUUUCGACGCCAUUGUGGAUGACCCCUCCCGCAAGCCCUCCCGGCAACCUGUCCCUCCCCAAAGCACCCGCCAGGAGACGCUGGAGGAUGGUAAUGCCGGUGGUGGUGGAUGCAACACCUGCCAGUCUGGGGCACAGGCCGAGGCGGGAGGAGGUGGCCAGGCCUCUAGCUCGCAGCAGGCUGAAAUGCAGCAGCAGCCGCCUGCCCCCAGGAGGCCCACCAGGCCUGAAGAGGGUGCCGGCGAGGGCCCCAGGGAGCACCACUUCCAGAGGCACUCCAAGAGGAUUAUGCUGGUGAAGAACAGCGACCCGUCCGUGCGGAAGACCAUCGUGCUGCACCGCAGGGCUGUGCGCAGCCUCGGGGUCUUCCUGGAUGAGGUCGCGGAGCUCAUGCAGUGUCACGUCCGAAAGCUGUGCACCAUGGAGGGCCACAAGAUUGACAGCGUUCAGAGUCUCUUGCUUUGCCCAAGUGUGCUAGUCGUUGUGGGACGGGAGCCCUUUCAUUCCCUACUUCUAGACAGCAUUCAGAAAAACUCAGACGACAAGCUGCCUCCAGUGAACACAAAAUCACGUGUAAACCUGUGCACUCAAGGGCUGGAUGACAGGAAGAAUUUCAACUUUGGGCUUGAGACAAAGAAAAGCAUCAUUCACCCAAGACCUGAGUCCAGCAACAGGGCAUCAAGGCUCUCUCUGUCAUCUGAGAGGUCAUCCUCAAAUGGACUCCACACUGCGGGACAUCCAGGUCCCUGCCCGCACACAAGGGAGAGCAUGAUGGAUGAUGACAUCGAGAAACGGGUUCUUGUCAACAAAGACGGUAGCCUUUCCAUGGAAAUGAAAGUGCGUUUUCGGCUGCUCAACGAUGAGACGUUGCACUGGUCCACAGAGAUAAAGAAGACAGCUGGACCUAACACCAACCCAUACUACAUGGGAUAUCAUGAGCCCUGUUACCUUCACCAUGAAAGCGCAGAGAGCUGCUCUGAAGAAUCCAUGUCAGUUGGAGAUGCUGAGGAGGCGUACACUAAAUUUUACCAACAACACUUGGAAGAGCCUCAUUGCCCUCACUGUUGUAGUCAAUGUCAAGAGUAUGACAUCUGGAAAAAUCCCACUGUUGACCAAGAGACUGGCAGACGCAUUAGGUCGUCGAGCUCAAGCACAUCCGCGUGUGUAAUAGUAUGCAAAAAGGAAUCUGUGGAGAGCAUACGCACUAUGUCUCGGUCGAGUGAGGAGUUUACAGAGCACAUAGUUGAAAAGGCAACCUGUGUUAAACAGACAGUUGAAGAGAAAUAUGUCACUUGCACUUGUCAGGCCAGUGAAGUUUCAGAAAAUACAGAAGAGAAGCAUGACAGUCCAGAAAACACUCAAGCAUCUGACAACGAUGUAGACAAAAGUGACGAGUCGUGCAAAAGUGGAUCUACCAGCCCUUCAAAAGACUCACAGAAAGAUGCAGUGAGUGUUCACAUCACUCAAGUCUCAGAUGAGGAGGAUCGAUCAACGUCUGCAGUCAGCAAUUCCUCCCAGGUCCUUGCGUCCCUGAAGGAAGACCAAGACGAUGAGGAAGAUGACCUACCGCCAAGUGUGUCAAGAGCAUCCUCAUGCAGUCAGAGCAAUGACUCCGACGAAGACUUGACUGUGGCAAGUGCUGCACCAAGCUCUUGUUCCAACAUGAUCUGUAAGGUUUGUCCUAUGCAGCGCUUGACACCUAAAUCUCCAAGUAAAACAUCUAGCCUGUCCGCAAGGUCAGAGAAAUCAGGCAGGUCAGCAAUUUCAGAUGUAGAUGAUGGAAAACAGCUGGAUAAGAGCUCAGUUGACGACUGUGACGAAAGAUCUGAGGGUGGACUGUCUUCUACCUCUAAACAUUCAGCUAGAUCUAAUACAUGUCCAGGUAUAGAGGCCAUACAAGAACCAGAGCACUCAGAUAAAACUGUUAUAAAUGUGGCAAAUGCGGUGGAAUUAGAACGAGCAUCAAGUCCUAAAUCUUCAAAAUCCAGGAAUGAGGAGAAAGAGGAGAGAUCCUUAAGUGCCAUGUCUGCCAAAUCACAUGCCUCUGCAAAAUCACAGAAGUCUGCUGAGGAUGAUGCUGGGGAGAAGAAAGAAGAAAGAGCACCAAGUGCCAUGUCUAGCAAGUCAAACAUAUCUAUAAAGUCAAAGAAAUCUGGUGUAUCUGAAGCAGAACAAGAAGGGAAUGAAAGAGCACCAAGUGCCAUGUCAGCUAAGUCAAACACAUCCACAAGCUCGAGGAAGUCAAAAGCUUUAGAGGUCAAAACUGAUGAGCCUCUGAGUGGAGGAGACCUAAGUGAGGAUAGAUCACCAAGCACUACUUCAGCAAAAUCAAACAGUUCUGCCCAGCCUGAAGAGACAGAAGGGGCCACUAUUACAUGCAUGAGUAGCACAGAUGAACAUGAAGAGGCAACAUCUGAAGAACGAGCUGCAAGUGCCAUGUCUGUUAAAUCAAAUGCCUCUGCAAAAUCAAACAGGUCAAAGGCUUCAGAAGUUGUGGAAGCCAUGGAUAAUGAUGAUAAAUCCACUGACAGAGCUCCAAGCGCCAUGUCUGCCAAAUCAAAUAUUUCUACAAUAUCUAGAAAGUCAAAGGCUUUAGAGGCACCUGAUGAAUCAGCUAAACCUAAGGCAGAAGUAACUGAUGAGACGACAGAGGAGAGAUCACCUAGUGCCAUGUCUGCCAAAUCAAACAUCUCAACGAGAUCUAAAAAGGCAACGGCAAGAGAGGCACCUCAAGAGGAAGUGACAGAGGAGAGAGCUCCCAGUGCAUUGUCUGCUAAGUCCAAUGCUUCUGCAAGAAUAAAAAAGUCUAAUGUUUCAGAAGCAGCCAAAGAACCUGAGGAAACAAUGAAAAUUGAAGAACCAACAGAGGAGAGGGCUCCUAGUGCAUUGUCAGGUAAAUCAGAAGUUUCUGCAAGAUGUAGAAGGUCAAAAGCUUCAGUGACCCCUGCAGAAUCAGCUGAGCCUGAGGCAGAAGUAACUGAAGAGGCAGCAGAGGAGAGAGCUCCGAGUGCAUUGUCAGCUAAAUCGAAUGUCUCCACAAGGUCUAAGAGAUCCAAUGUUUCAGAGGCACCUAUGGAAUCAGCUGAACCUGAGGCAGAAGUAACUGAAGAGGCAGCAGAGGAGAGAGCUCCGAGUGCAUUGUCAGCUAAAUCGAAUAUCUCCACAAGGUCUAAGAGAUCCAAUGUUUCAGAGACACCUAUGGAAUCAGCUGAACCUGAGGCAGAGGAAACUGAGGAACCAACUGUGGAGAGAGCACCUAGUGCAAUGUCUGCUAAGUCCAAUGCCUCUGCUAGAUCUAAUAGAUCUGAGGUUGAAGAAGCCGCACCUGAGGAAGAGGCAACAGAAGAGAGGGCCCCUAGUUCCAUGUCAGCCAAAUCAAAUGUCUCCACAAGAUCUAAGAAAUCACAGGCCCCAGCAGAAUCAGCUGAGCUUGAGACAGAGGAAACUGAGGAACCAACCAAGGAGAGAGCUCCUAGUGCACUGUCGGCUAAAUCAAAUGUUUCAGCAAGAUCUAAAAAGUCAACGGCAAGAGAGGCACCUCAAGAGGAAGUAACAGAGGAGAGAGCUCCCAGUGCAUUGUCUGCUAAGUCCAAUGCUUCUGCAAGAAUAAAAAAGUCUAAUGUUUCAGAAGCACCCAAAGAACCAGAGGAAACACUGAAAAUUGAAGAACCAACAGAGGAGAGGGCUCCUAGUGCAUUGUCAGGUAAAUCAGAAGUUUCUGCAAGAUGUAGAAGGUCAAAAGCUUCAGUGACCCCUGCAGAAUCAGCUGAGCCUGAGGCAGAAGUAACUGAAGAGGCAGCAGAGGAGAGAGCUCCGAGUGCAUUGUCAGCUAAAUCGAAUGUCUCCACAAGGUCUAAGAGAUCCAAUGUUUCAGAGGCACCUAUGGAAUCAGCUGAACCUGAGGCAGAGGAAACUGAGGAACCAACUGUGGAGAGAGCACCUAGUGCAAUGUCUGCUAAGUCCAAUGCCUCUGCUAGAUCUAAUAGAUCUGAGGUUGAAGAAGCCGCACCUGAGGAAGAGGCAACAGAAGAGAGGGCCCCUAGUGUCAUGUCAGCCAAAUCAAAUGUCUCCACAAGAUCUAAGAAAUCACAGGCCCCAGCAGAAUCAGCUGAGCUUGAGACAGAGGAAACUGAGGAACCAACCGAGGAGAGAGCUCCUAGUGCACUGUCGGCUAAAUCAAAUGUUUCAGCAAGAUCUAAAAAGUCAACGGCAAGAGAGGCACCUCAAGAGGAAGUAACAGAGGAGAGAGCUCCCAGUGCAUUGUCUGCUAAGUCCAAUGCUUCUGCAAGAAUAAAAAAGUCUAAUGUUUCAGAAGCACCCAAAGAACCAGAGGAAACACUGAAAAUUGAAGAACCAACAGAGGAGAGGGCUCCUAGUGCAUUGUCAGGUAAAUCAGAAGUUUCUGCAAGAUGUAGAAGGUCAAAAGCUGAAGAGGCAGCAGAGGAGAGAGCUCCGAGUGCAUUGUCAGCUAAAUCAAAUGUCUCCACAAGGUCUAAGAGAUCCAAUGUUUCAGAGGCACCUGCAGAAUCAGCUGAACUCGAGGGAGAGGAAACUGAGGAACCAGUGGAGGAAAGAGCUCCAAGUGCAUUGUCGGUUAAGUCCAAUGCUUCAGCAAAGUCCAAUAAAUCCAGAGUUUCUGUAGCUGCCUCUGAGCACGAGGAACCAGCAGAGAGAGCAGUCAGUCCUGCUUCAGUAAGAUCUAAUGUAUCUGCAAAUUCUAACAAAUCAAAUGUUUCAAAGACUGCAGCAGAAAUCAAACAAUCAGCAGAGCCAACAGAGAGAGCUCCUAGUGCUAUGUCUACCAAGUCAAAAAUUUCUACACGAUCAAGAAAGUCAAAGGUGUCAGAAGCAGAACCUGAAGAAACAACAGAAGAGAGGCCUCUUAGUGCUAUGUCUGCCAAAUCAAAUGUCUCCACAAGAUCUAAAAGGUCAAAGGUUUCAGCUGAACCUGAAGGUGGAGAAACUGAAGAACCAUUAGAGGAGAGAGCUCCAAGUGCUACUUCAGCAAAAUCUAAUGUCUCUGCAAGAUCUGAAGUGUCAAAAGCAUCAGAGGCAUCUAAAGAAUCAGCUCAACCUGAGGCAGAAGUAAUUGACGAGACAUCAGAGGAGAGAUCUCUUAGUGCCAUGUCUGCUAAAUCAAACGUCUCAACGAGAUCUAAAAAGUCAAUGGCAAGAGAUGCACCUGUAGAAUCUGCUGAAGCUGUAGAGGAACCAACUGAGCAGAGGGCUAACAGUGCUAUGUCUGCCAAAUCCAGUGCUUCUACAAGAUCUAAGAAGUCCAAAGUUUCAGAUGUUGCACCUGAGCAAGAAGGAUGCACAGAAGAGAGAGCUCCUAGUCCAAUCUCUGUGAAAUCAAAUGUCUCCACAAGGUCUAAAAAGUCAACGGCAAGAGAGGCACCUCAAGAUGAAGUAACAGAGGAGAGAGCUCCCAGUGCAUUGUCUGCUAAGUCCAAUGCUUCUGCAAGAUUAAAAAAGUCUAAUGUUUCAGAAGCACCCAAAGAACCAGAGAAAACAAUGACAAUUGAAGAACCAACAGAGGAGAGGGCUCCUAGUGCAAUGUCAGGUAAAUCAGAAGUUUCUGCAAGAUGUAGAAGGUCAAAAGCUUCAGUGACCCCUGCAGAAUCAGCUGAGCCUGAGGCAGAGGUAACUGAAGAGUCAGCAGAGGAGAGAGCUCCGAGUUCAUUGUCAGUCAAAUCCAAUGUUUCUACAAGAUCAAAAAAGUCUAAAGUUUCAGAAGCUGCACCUGAAGAUGUAGAAUCAACAGAGGUGAGGACCUCUAGCGCCAUGUCAGCCAAGUCAGAUGUCUCCAUAAGAUCUAAAAAGUCAAAGGUUUCAGAAGCUGCACCUGAAACAGAGGCAGCUGAAGAAGUAACAGAGGAGAGAGCCCCUAGUUCAAUUCCGCCCAAAGGAUCACCAAGAUCACCUGCUGUUCGUGUUGGACAUUCCUAUGAUAGUGUGUCAUCACAGUCUAUUUCAGUGGGAGAGCCCAACAUGGAACAAACCGAUACAAGAGCAGCAACAGCAGAAACCCAAAGCCGAAAGUCAAAUGGACCUCUGGAUUGUAACAGAAGUGAAAAAAGUAUUUCACGGCACAAGGGGGGCGAUGUCUCUGAGCUGGUUCCAUCCAACUUGCCGAAUGCAUCGCCCAAUGAGGUUGUGAAUGAGUGGCUGAAGAAAAUUCCAUCAGACAGUGCUCUUUAUGAUGUAGGUGAUGAGUUGCAUGAAAAUGGCAAUGAUGCAGAACAUCAGAACACAUCCCAUGAGCCCUCACCAAAUGAAAGAGUAGAUGUGGCUGAGGAGGCUGCUGACAAUGCUAAGUCUGAGGCAUAUUGUGACAUAGAUGAACCUCAAGAGGUACAAACAAAGAGUUCUGUAAAGGCAGACAAUGAACCUGUUGCUGAGGCACCUCAGGAGUCCGAGACAGCAAAUGCCAAAGAUGAUACUACCGUCCCCUCUCCUCCAAGAGAGGAAGAAGUUGCAAAGGGGUUCCACUCCUCUGUUCAAGUGAUGAAAGUUCUGCUAAGCCCUAAACUUGACAGAUGCCAAAGUUUACCUGAGGUGUCUCCAGUGUAUGGACGGAAGCUGAGCUCCUCUGCUAGGGGACUCCUUGAUUGCCUUGCAAACCUGCAGCUGAUAGACUUCGACCCCAGUGACAAAACUGGAAAAGAUGCCAGGUAUAAGGAGCUGAUGAAUAUCCUUCAGUCACUUUGGCUUUGUGACCCAUCUGACAAUGACCAGAGAAUAAAACUAAAAGGUAAAAUCAGAAACAGAUCAGUAGAUGAAGAGUUCAAUCACAGAUCAUCUUCAGGUGUAGAUGUCAGUAGUGGUUCCACAGGUUCAGGGAAGAGUAUUACUGCUCAAGAUCAAAACUCCCCAGCUAAUGCAGGAGAUGCAGCCACAGAUGUUCCUACAACUGCACAGGAGGCUAAAGAGACUGAAGAUGAAGAAGAACUAGAAGUGACCAAAUCUGACCAGGCAACACCAGACAUAGCCACUCGGGUCCAACGAAGUCCUGAGGUAGACAUUGACAUUGAGAAACAAAAUGAGGAUGAUGUACCCUCAGAUGACACUAUAAGAAGCAAUGACAGCCCAAGAGAAAUUCCAGAAUCACCUCAAUCCUCCAACAAAAGCUCAGGAAAUGAGAGCAGUGCUAAACCUCAGGAGGAAACUGAAACAGACCCUCAAGAGGAAACAAGUUCUGGUUCACCUCCAUCAGUCCAUAGAGCCCAGUUGACAAAAAGGGUUUCUCUAGACCCUGAUCCCAUAUGGGUGCUAAAUCUUUUGAGCAAGUUACAGAAACAGUUCAUGGCACAUUAUGUUGAUGCUAUGAAAGAAUUCAAGCUGCGAUGGAAUUUGGAAGGAAAUAUGCAAAUUGACUCAAUGAUCAGUGAACUGGAAGAUGAGGUUCACAGGAGAAUACAAACAAGCAUUGACAGAGAGCUCAGGAAAAUACAAGGACGUGCUGGAAGGCCAAGACCACCAAGGGAGGCAUUGUCGAGAGAAUCAACGGCCCAAGCUGAACAGAGACGCAGACGACUGAAAGUCAUGCGCAACCAGUCAGUUGAUGCACAGAUUGCAAAAAGUGAUGAUGAUUGUGCUGCCACUGGGACUGAUUUCAGCGACCAGCGCAGUGAUGAUGAAUACUGCCCAUGUGACACAUGCGUGCAGAAAAAAUUGCAGAAAGCAGAAAUUUUGCCAGCAGAAAUUUUCAACUCUGCUCCAGUGAUGAUGGACUUUGACCUAAGAAAAAUUCUGCAGUUGAAAAAGGAUACUCCGACUACUGGCAAAGACAAUAACGUAGAAGAGCCUGAGAGAGAAAUCAAAACCAAUGCAAAUGAAAACCAAGAUGAAAGUCAUUUCCUUGAACCUCUGAAAGAGGAGGAAGAGAUGGAUGAGUCAGAGGAGGCAAAGGAGGAACUUAAAGCUCCAACAAAUGUUCCAGUGUGGAGGAACUUUGACCUAAGACAAAUUCUGCAGCUGAAAAAGGAUGCUUUGACUACUGGCAAAGAUAGUAAAGUAGAAGAGAGUGAGAGUGAAAUCAAAGCCAGUGAAGGUGAACCCCUGAAACAGGAGAAUGAGACAGAGGAGGCAAAGGAGGAACUAAAAGCUCCAACAAAUGCUUCAGUGAUGAUGAACUUUGACCUAAGAAAAAUCCUGCAGCUGAAAAAGAAUGCUCUGACUACAGGCCAAGAUAAUAAAGUAGAAGAGAGUGAGAGAGAAAUCAAAGCCAGUGAAGGUGAACCCCUGAAACAGGAGAAUGAGACAGAGGAGGCAAAGGAGGAACUAAAAGCUCCAACAAAUGUUUCAGUGAUGAUGAACUUUGACCUAAGAAAAAUCCUGCAGCUGAAAAAGAAUGCUCUGACUACAGGCCAAGAUAAUAAAGUAGAAGAGAGUGAGAGAGAAAUCAAAGCCAGUGAAGGUGAACCCCUGAAAGAGGAGAAAGAGAUAGAUGAGACAGAGGAGGCAAAGGAGGAACUCAGAGCUCUAACAAAUGAAGAGAAGAGAGAUGAAGUGGAAGUUUGCAAAGAUGUCAUUGAGGAGCCUGGCAAUGAGGUAGAGGAAUGUAAGGAUGAUGUGGAAGUGACUCAAGGUGAGGCAGGUGUUGGCAAUGAUGAGAGUAAAAAUCUAAAGAAGAAACAUGGUUCAAAGCUAGUGCCCCGUGCAGAAUUUAUGGCUUCAAAGGGAAACCAAGGUUUUGCAAACAUAUGCAUGUAUGUCAUGGAUAUUUCAACAUUCAAACAGAUCAUGGAAGAGCAGGAAGAAGCAGAGCGCAUAUUCAAUCAGGAAGAGGCUAAAAAAGAGAAAGAAGCAGAAGAUAAGAUCAAACAAGCUGCAGAGGAUGGGCCUGCCUUAGAUGCUGAAGUGACUGAGAGGGCUGAGAAAGCUACUGUGUCUGAAUUAGAGGAGGCUAAAGUAGCAGAGAUUGAAAAAGAUGAUGAACAAUCUGGUGGACAUAAGAAAAAGACUACAAAGCUAAUGGACAUCCCAACAUUCCUCAGACUAACAGCAGACGAAGGUGCAGAUGAUCUCAAAAGUUCUCAGGAGGAAGAGGAGGAUGAGAAGGGAAUGGAGAUUAAAGAUGAGAAAAUAGAGGAGGCAGAAGAAGGAUUUGAGGAAGCUAUUGAGCCCAAAGUGACUAAAGAAGCUGAAGAGGCUGAUAAACCUGUUUCAGAGACUGCUGUCAUAGCAGAAACUGAGGAAAAAGACCAACAGGAGAAACCUGAGGGGCAAAAGACAAAGCCUACAAAGCUGAUGGACAUUCCAACAUUCCUCAGACUCACUGCAGAAGAAGGCGUAGAUGAUCUCAAAAGUUCUCAGGAGGAUGAGGAAGGAUUUGAAGCAGAGGAUAUCAAAGAUACAGAAGAGGGACCUGAGGAAGAUGUUGAGGCUGAAGUGGAUGAAGAAGUUGAGACUGCUGAGGUAGCAGAUACUACAAAUGAAGAUGAAGAAGAGAAGCCUACAGGACAAAAGACAAAGCUUAUGGACAUUCCAACAUUUCUCAGACUCACUGCAGAAGAAGGCCAAGAUGAUCUCAAAAGUUCACAAGAAGGUGAUGACGAGGAGGGAACAGAGAUUGAGAACAAGGAAUAUGUGGAAGCUGAAUCUGGGGAAGAUGAAGAACCUGAAGUGGCUGCUGAAGCUGAAAUUGAGGCAGAUGAAGUAGCAGAAACUGAUAAUGAAAAGACAGAUAAUGAUGGUAUAUCGAAGGCAGAAAGUCCAAGAAAACCUGUCACUAAGCUCAUGGACAUUCCAACUUUUCUGAGACUCACAGCAGAAGAAAGCCCAUGUGAACUUGAAACCUCUGAUGCAGAUGAAGAAGGAGAUGAAGAAGAGGAGGAUGAAAAUGGUGAACAUGGUGCAGCUGCUGAAGUGUGUUCUGAAGCAGCAGAAACGGAAAAUCAAGAUGAAACUGAGUCACCUCAGUCAAAAAGGGAAGCAAAACCUGUGAAGAAGAAGCUCAUGGACAUUCCCACUUUCCUCAGACUUACAGCAGAUGAAAGUGCAUGUGACCUCGAAAGCUCUGAGGAAGAAGAAGGCAAGGAGAGGAUUGAUGAAGAGGAAGCAGAAGAUGCACAUAGCGAUGAGGAAGAAGAUGCUGAAGCUAAACAUCAGUCUGUAGAAGACGAACCUGAACCAGCAGAGGAAGAAGGAACUGCAGAUGAGUAUGCAGCUGAAAAAGAUACUGACCCCGAUGAAGAAGAGAGGGCCAAUAAAGAUUCUGAAGUUCCUGAAACAGCUGAUGAAGACACAGAACAAGCUGAGACAGCUGAUGAAAAAGAGACCACAGAUGCUCAAACGGCUGAUGAGGAAGAUACAGCUCCAUCUGAAACUGAAAAUGAAGUCUCAAUUCAGGGUGAAUCAGCAGAGGAUGGAGAAACUGGAGAAGGAAGUACUUCAGACGAGGUGGAAACAGUCCUUGCUAAAAUACCUGAGGAAAGAGAAACUGCUGAUGAUGAAACAGCACCGGGUGAAAGUGCAGCUGAAGACAAAGAACCAGAGACAGGAGCAGAAGAAGAGGAAGAGGAAGAGGACUGUACCAAAGCUCCGUCAGUAAAAGAGUCUGAAGCUGAUGAAGAUGAACUGAAACAAAAGCACUCAGUCGAGGAGGAAGGCAAGACUAGAGCAGAGACUGCUGAAGAUGGGGAAACAGCAGAUGGUGAUGAAGCAGAUACUGCUGACGAUGGUGAAACAGCUGUAAGUGAGACAGCUGAUGAUGAAGGUGAAACAACUGAAGAUGAAAAAGUUGAGGUUGAGAAGCCAGAAGAUGGAGAAUCUGCAAAGGGUGAAAGUGAUAAAGAUGACAAUGAGACAGUUGAAGAUGAAAAAGUGCCUGAAGCUGGUGCAACUGAAGAUGAAGAGGCUGAUGAAGAGGCAGAAGAUGGAGAAACGUCUAAAGAUGAGGCGGCCAGAGGUGGAGAAACAACUGAAGAUGAAAAAGCUGAUGAAGGUGAACUGAAACAAGAGCAAUCAGUCGAGGAGGAAGACAAGGCUAGAGCAGAUACUGCUGAUGAUGGUGAAACAGCUGAAGGUGAGACAGCUGAAGAUGAGGGUGAGACAACUGAAGAUGAAAAAGCUGAUGAAGGUGAACUGAAACAAGAGCAAUCAGUCGAGGAGGAAGACAAGGCUAGAGCAGAGACUGCCGAAGAUAGAGAGACAGCAGAUGAUGAAGAAGCAGAUACUUCUGAUGAUGGUGAGACAGCUGAAGAUGAGGGUGAGACAACUGAAGAUGAAAAAGUUGAGGUUGAAAAGCCAGAAGAUGGAGAAUCUGCAAAGGGUGAAAGUGAUGAAGAUGACAAAGAUGACAAUGAGACAGUUGAAGAUGAAAAAGUGCCUGAAGCUGGUGCAACCGAAGAUGAAGAGGCUGAUGAAGAGGCAGAAGAUGGAGAAACGUCUAAAGAUGAGGUGGUCAGCGGUGGAGAAACAGCUGAAGAUGAAAAAGCUGAAGGCGAGACAGCUGAUGACGGAGAAACGGCAGAUGAAAAGACACCUGAAGCUGGCACUACUGAAGAUGAAGAAGAAGUUGAGGCAGAGACGACUGAAGAUGAAAAAGUAGCUGAAGCUGAGACGACUGAAGAUAAUCAAGCUGAGCCUGCUGAAUCAGAAGAUGGUAAGACAGCUGACAUGGCUGAAAAGGAAGACUUUCUAAGACUUACUGCAGAAGAGGGUCCAGAUGACCUCAAAUGUUCUCAGGAGGGUGAUGAUGAAGAUGAGGAGGGAUCUGAGAAGAUUGAAGAUGAAGAAAAAGCAAGUGAGACAGUAGAAGAUGGAGAGACAGCUGAAGAUGAGAAAGGUGAUGAUGGAGAAACAGGGAAUGAAACGGCAGAAGAUGGGGAAACAGCUGAAGCAGAAACAACCGAAGACACAAAAGCUGAAGGUGAAACAACUGAAGAUGGGGAGACUGGAGAUGAGAUAGCUGAAGAAGAAAAAGCUGGAGUUGAGACAGAGAAUGGCGAAAAAGUUGAGGAUGAAAAAGCUGAAGUUGAGUUAGUAGAAGAUGGGAAAGAAGCUGAAGAUGAAAAAGCUGAAGCUGAAGUUGGAGAGACAGCUGAGGGUGACACAGCAAAAAGCGAGAGAGCAAAAGAUGGAGAAGCAGCUGACGGUGAAACAACCGAGGGUGAGACGGAUGAGGAUGGAGAAACAGGCGAAGGUGAGACAGCUAGAAGUGAGACUGCUGAUGAUGGAGAAACAGCUGAAGAUGAAGAGACAGGGGCCCAGACAACUGAAGAUGGAGAGACAGGGGCCCAGACAACUGAAGAUGGUGAGACAGGGGCCCAGACAACUGAAGAUGGAGAAACAGGGGCCCAGACAACUGAAGAUGGCGAGACAGCAGGUGAGACAGCCGAGGGCACUGCAGAGGCUGGAACGGCUGAUGAAGCUGAAACAGGAAAUGAAGCUGCACAAGAGGAUGAAAAGUCAGAGACAGGGCAAAACAAUGCAGACGACACAGAAGAAGUACCCGAUGAUGUGUCAGAAAUAAAACCAGACGGUGAGACCGAAGAUGAAAAGUCCCUGAGGGAGGUUGGAACAAGCACUGACGAAAAAGCCAACGAGGAGAGUGAAAUUCUUGAAAGUGACGACAGAGUUGUCACAAGCGAUCUGGGCUUAUCAGCUGAUGGAGGCGAUGAGGCUGAGGAUGAAACAGAGCCCGAUGUUGACACAGAUGAUGGGGAGCCAGUGCGAACAACUCCCUCAGCAGAGGACAAGACCGAUUAUGACACACAGGAUACGUCAGCAUCUUUUGAAACUGUCGUCCAAACCAAACCAUGCAUUGAGUCGGAGGAUGGAGCCGACGCAGAUGUGGAGGACUCCGAGACGGACUUUACCAGCACCUCGGCGACUGCAAGCUGCGACUCGGAGUGUGCUGACAAACCCGAGGAGGAGCGGUCCAAGGAGCAGGCGACGUCCCUGAGUCAGACCUAAAAAGUGUUCCGAUGGAGCAUCCAGAGUCUGAGCUCCCUCAAACAAUCUGUAACAGAACUGAACUCUGUGGAAGACGGAGAAAAUGAGGGUGAGAGUGUCCUAUGAGGGUGAGAGUGUCCUAUUAAGUGAAAAGAUACCACAGAGACAAAUUGAAAAGUAAUUUCAUGAAGAGUAAAACAAAACAUGAACAGAACUAUCUUGAUGGACUGUAAUAAACAGCCUAUAACUUAAAACCGUGAAUGUUUUUCAAGGCCCCCAUAAGGGCAUUUUACUGGAGAAAACCAUGAGGCAUGUUGUCUCAUAUUAAAUCUUGAAUGUUGACAGAAUUGCUGGUCUUCUGUUUAACAGACGACACUGUCCAGAUCAUGCACUUUAUAUCACAGUAUUGCAAUAGUGACUAUCUAUGCACAAACAGUAGAACAGUCAUAUAAUUUCUAAAACGGAACUGGCCGAAGUUGAAAAUGCACAUAAACAUGCACAUUUCUUUCUGUGCUCUUGAAGGCAAAUACUUAUAUUGAAGGCAAAUACUAGCAAAGUUAAUUUCAAAUACUAAGUAACAUUUACAAAGAUGUAUUUAAACCAAAGAAUAUACAGCAGUGUACUCAGUUGUAGUGGUUUGGAAUUUAUGUGGGGAAAAAACGGCAAACCGAACAGGGAGUAAUUUAUCUUGCACUAGUUUUUAUGUAUAUGAAUGUAUGUAUAAGUGUGAUCAUGAUGGAAAGGGAUGACCCAGACCCGCUAAGACAAAUAUGCAAUGCAAAUGCUACAAGUACUUGAAAAUAUAAUGUGGACAAGAGCAUCCUCUUCCACUGUAUGCGGGGCAACUCAGGAAGCAUACACUGUGUGUUGUCUAUAUGUUGUCUGUGUGUGCAUGGGUGUGUAUGUGUGUGUGGGGGGUGUAUGGGUGUUUGUGGGGGCAAUGUGUGUUUGUUCACAUGUGCUAAGCCAGCCCAACAUCACUUUGCACUCUUAAUGGCUCAAAGACUGAACAUAACCCAUUCCUCCUUGUAGUUGUGUCUGAUUUCUCCUGGAGGAGAAAAGACAUGCGUUGACUAUUAGGGAAGGCAAAUAUGUGUGUAUAAGAUGUGUAUAUAACACAUAAAUGAAUGUAAUAAUAAUGGAAUAUUCAUGUUAUAGUUGUAUCAAUUAUCCUCAUAUGAUAUUUCAUUAAAAAAUGGUAAUUUCA